UGCAUCCACCGUGCCAGAAAAUCCACACCUUGCCAAGCGUGGCUAUUUUUGUUGAGCAGGAGGGUGCCCAGUGCGCACUUGCAGUAGCAGCAGCACCAGCUCAAAGUACCAGAGGAUUUGUUGACAAGGGACGAAGCGAACAAUCGAUGGAUGGCCCGAGGUCGCCUAUUCCGGAUAUGUUGUUUUCCGCUCUACCGAGCACGGAGCCAUCGUUCAAAGACCCUCCUCGUUACAUUCCAGUGACCUGGCCAGGCUUCUUCUCCAUGCACCCGCACGCAAGCAGACCGCGCAAAAGACAGGAUUCUGCUGGCCUGCAGCCUGUAUGCAAGGCAUAGGCCAGCGAUAAUGUAGGAAACAAGCACAUUUGUA